CUCUCUCACACACACACACACAACAAACCUUCAUAUGGCUAAAGUCCAAGAAAAACAAGCCUUCUUGAGCAAUACUUCAGCAAUAAAGGAAAAAGAAGAAAAAGAAGCCAUUUACAUUGAUGUCAAAAGCGAAGCUGUUUCGCCUACCGGGUGUGGCUGUUUUAGGCUCUGCUUCCAAUGGGGACGAAAGCGUGAUGGAGAAACUAGGAGUCUGUUGCAACAAAAUGGAGAUGGAGAGCACAAGGAAACAUGGCUGGUGAAGAAAUUGAAGGAGGUAAGGGAGGUUUCAGAGAUCAUAGCAGGGCCAAAAUGGAAGAACUUGAUCCGAAAAAUAGGUAAAUACUGCAAGCCCAGGAGGGCAAGGACUCAUUGUGAUCAGUAUGAUCCAAAAAGCUAUGCUCUCAACUUCGACCAUGGCCUUGAUGAGCAAGCAGUUUUGUAAUUGUGAUAUUCUCUUCCAUUAAUUGGUGUAGACAUUUGAAAUUCUUUUUAUUUCACUUACUUUGUUUUAUUUCAUAUCUUAUAUUUUCUCUGUUC